GUGAUGGAUAUCGAUUCUGCGCGUUAUAAAAACCUCUUCAAACUGCUGCAAACUACACCAACGAGGAUUGCAGAGUUGUGUCAGAGAGUUGAUAGUAAUUAAAAAUGUUGGUAAGGGACAAAAGAGUAGCUUUGCUCUUAUUGCUUUGUGCUCAUGUUUUUGUGGCCAAUGUGGUUGCAAGGAAUGUGGCAUCUGUGAAAAAUGAGGAGGAGAAGAAUAUAGGGUUUGGGAAGGGAGGUGGUUUCGGUGGUGGAUUUGGAGGAGGAGCCGGUGGAGGAUUUGGAGGUGGUGCCGGUGGAGGCUUUGGUGGCGGAGCAGGUGGGGGCCAUGGAGGUGGAGGUGGUGCCGGUGGAGGCUUUGGUGGCGGAGUAGGUGGAGGCCAUGGAGGUGGAGGUGGUGCCGGUGGAGGGUUUGGUAAAGGUGGAGGAUUGGGAGGUGGAAUAGGUAAAGGAGGUGGAGUUGGUGGAGGAAUUGGAAAGGGUGGUGGAGGUGGUUUUGGAGGAGGAGCUGGUGGAGGCUUUGGAAAGGGUGGUGGUGUUGGAGGUGGAAUAGGCAAAGGUGGAGGUUUAGGUGGUGGUGGUGGUUUUGGAAAGGGUGGUGGUGUUGGAGGUGGAAUAGGCAAAGGUGGUGGUGGUGGUUUUGGAAAGGGUGGUGGUGUUGGCGGUGGAAUAGGCAAAGGUGGUGGUGGUGGUUUUGGAAAGGGUGGUGGUGUGGGAGGUGGAAUAGGCAAAGGUGGAGGUCUUGGUGGUGGUGUCGGAGGUGGAAUAGGCAAAGGUGGAGGUCUUGGUGGUGGUGUCGGAGGUGGAAUAGGCAAAGGUGGAGGUUUAGGUGGUGGCAUUGGAGGAGGAAUUGGAAAAGGUGGUGGUAUUGGAGGAGGUGUAGGUGGUGGAUUUGGAGGUGGUGCAGGUAGCGGAUUUGGUGGCGGAUUUGGAGGAGGUUCUGGUGGCGGACUUGGAGGAGGAGGAGGAGGUGGAUUUGGCGGCGGCGGUGGAGGAGGUGGUGGCGGUGGAAUUGGUCACCACUGAGCCUUGGCGACGUUGCAUGCAUGACAAAACUUAUAUUUUUAUUUUAACGUCCUUUCAUUGCAUUAGUCACGUUAAUUGGUUUAUUGAAAGCGAAAAUGUUGUAAGAGUAAGGAGUUAAUAAUUACUCUCCUUAAUAAUGUGGGUCAUAUUAUUAUUGUAUUCUAUUUUCUGUAAUAUUUGCAGUUGAAUGAAAGAUUCAGAGGGAUAUAUCUACUCUUUUUGUAUUCAAUCAUGAGAAAGAGAAAUUACAGGAAAAUCACUUUUCAAGUGCCCAA